AUGGCAGCAACAUUGAUAAAGAAGAAUGAAUGGACGAACAAGUCAAAGAUUGUGUUGGAGGAUGAUGGAAAGAAUAGUUGUGAAGUGCAUUGGAUUGAUGGUGUAGAUGUUGAGGAGAUGAGGGAGGAGUUGAAGAAGUUGGCAGAAGAGGAGUCUGCAUUGGAUGCACAGUUGAAACCUUAUCAAGAUGAGAUGGCAAAGAUAAAGACAGAAUCUAAAAAGACAAUAGACAAGUUACAUACAUAUAACGAGAUCAAAGAGUCAUGUCAAUCAAUGAUUGGCAAGUUGGCUGUGCUGGAGGGUAUCACUAUCAAACAAAUGUACAAGCAGUUCAAUCUAGAACUUGAUGACUGA